UAUCGAUACUAUCGUUCGCGGAGUCGCGGUGUCAUAUAUGUCGCGUGUAUUUAUCGCGGUAGUGAACGCGAUACAGUCGCGAAGAGAUGCGACCAAUGAGGAACAUGAGGACCGAUAUUAGUUGACGAAGAAGUGUCCAGGUUGCGGUGAUCAGGUGUGCGAAACGUAUCGGAUAAUAGCGUAAGAGAGCGCGAUUCGCGAUAAAAAGAACUGGACACGGCGUGUCCCUAGAAAAAAGAAGGACAGUGAGGACAGUGUUUCGAUAUCCCGGGAAAAAUCGGAUGGACCCUCUCGCGGAGGGCGAAAACACGCGGUGGAGGUGAGAGGGAGGAGGGCGGAAGCGUGACGACGGCCGAAAUCGGGAUCGGGUCCAUUGUCCUGUCGUUCUGCCACCGACGUGCGCUUGUCGCUUCCUCCUUUCUCAUCUCGUCUCCGCGGAUGUGAUUCAGGAGAUCGGAAGGUAACAACUGGCUCUUGGUCCCAACGACAACAGCAACUGCAACCCCUUUCCGUCCUGGACUCCCGGAGCUGAGGCUCGUUCUUCAAAAAAUAGUGUUACGCGACGAGAGCCGAAGAUCGCGAACGCCACCAUGAGGAUCAAAAUGCCCGCGGUCAGGAUCGCGCAAGCGGAAACCUCGCAAAGUACUACGUCCCCAGACACCGUCCAAUGCGGGGGCUGCAGGGCGUCCUACCCCCUCGGAGAGAUUGUCCGGUUCAUCGAGCAUAAGGUCAAUCAUUGUCGGAACACCCUCCAGGGCUGCCACAGUCCACCGGCGACGGCCGCGCCGGAGGACUCUGACCCGGAGGACGCUCUCACCCUGAAGACUACCGAUCCAGACUCGAAGUUGAACUCGGUACCCAGCAUCUCUGCGCCCAUCAACAAGAGGAGUGGCCGAUUGGAGAGUCCGCCAACGCCUCAGGGUCCGGGGCCGGAUACCGGAAGUCCGAUCGACUUGAAGGCAAGCGCCAGCUCGACACCAAAAAGACGGACGGAAGCACCGGACGAGGACAAAGAGGAUCUUCCGAAGAAGCAGAAAACCGAGUCCGUGGAUGCCGACACGAACACAGUCAAUUCUGAACCAAGGUGGCUACAGUGCUCGCAGUGUUCUCGACGGUUGUGCUCAGCAUGGGAGCUCCUUCAGCAUGUACAGAGCAUGCACGGUGCCCGCCUCUACUGCUCCUCCUCCUCGUCGACGAACUCGUCGUCGAACACUCCGGCGCCUAGUCCACCGACGCCUACGCCGACGCACGCGCAUCAUUUAAGUCCGCCAAAUCAUCUAAAUUUAAGCGGCAAGUCCACUGGAAGUUCCUCGGCAGCGAACUCUUCCGGCGGUACGAAUACGAGUGGCAGUAGUGGUGGUCGACAACAACUUCAGACCUCGUCCUUGGUGGGCGAUCCUCUUCAUAGUUUUUUGAGGCUACCCCAACAUUUGGAACGAAGUUUUCCGCCUAUGUUCAGGCCCGACUUUCUUACUUUGAAUCCCCUAGCGGGAUAUAGAGGUCUUCAGGAACUACAGACGGCCACGCGGAAUCUGCAAAACCUGGGCGAUCCGCUUCGCGGUAUGGAUGGUUUAAAUCUGGGGGAUCCACUGGUACGCAGCUCAUUGGAUUCCCUAAAUAAUGCCCGGAACCUGGCGAACCUGGCCGAACUGUCGCACGGCCGUGGCCUCGGAGGCCAAGCACACCCACCACCACUUGAAGCGAACCUGGAUUUUUACUCAGCGCGCCUAAGGAGCCUCGCUAAUCCGUCCUUAGGCGCGGCUCCACCUACACCUAGCGGUAAUCCCACGACGAAUCCCCCUCCUCCACCGGUACCAUCAGUACCGCCAGUCCCUGUCGCCAGCAGUGUUCAACAACAGCAGCAACAACAGCAACAACAGUCACAGCAACAACAAUCUCAGCCCCAUUCACAGUCAGUGGAACCGCCUAGUCCAGCCUCAGCCAACCCCGCAAAUUUAACCCACAGCACUCACCAAAAAGAAAACUCGCCGCCUUGUUACAGUCAGAGCCCUGUGGGUCAUCAUAACAAUAAUAAUUCAACCGACAGCGAGAAGACUAGCCCGCCAGUAGCCUCUACGCCAAUUAUCACUGAUUCUUCUUCGGAGACAGUGUACACAUGCGAAAUCUGUGACAAAAAAUUUCGCUUCCAAUCAAACUUGAUCGUUCAUCGUCGCAGUCAUCGGGACAAGGAAAGGCAAUACCAACAACAAGAAAGCACGCAAGACGGCCAGAGUACGCCGUCGAGAUGCGAAAUAUGCGAGAUUGAAGUAGCGAGCUUUACCGAAUUGAGGAAACAUAUGAGAAAAGAGCACCAGGAGCACUUGAACUCGGCCGCCAGUCCGCAAGGCAGUGUUGAAACGGUGCCUGACGAUGGGUCCAGCUGCGAUGAAAACAUGGACCUAGACGAGAUGGAGGAGAACGAGCAGAAGAACGAACGGGAGGAUGCAGAGGAAAAUACACCAGAGGAUCUAAGCACUACACAAGGACAGAACGGCGAGGAGAGCGGAGGUCGAGUGGAGAAACCGGCUAGCUUGGUGGGUGAUCUCAUGGAGAAAUUUGGUCUGAGUAACAUCGCUCAAUACUCAGAAGCUUAUCGACAAGCAUUACAGGAAAAUCAUCGCAGCGGUUUCCUCAAAACUGAAUCACCGUGCAACCUCACUAAUACGCUCAACAAUAACAAGGAGAAGGAAAGUGCUCUCUCGCCCACGAAUUUUAACUCCUCAACAACGCCGAAUAUUUUUUCUGGCCAGGGAUUUCCUAGGUCCUCAGGACCAGAUUUCGGAGGUCUUUGGCUACCUAGUCCGCACUACCUGGAGAAUAAUGAGUUUCGUAAAGCAAGCAAAGCAACGACGUCCAGUUUAUCGCUCCAGGGCUUGCCAAGUCCACUGAUGAAGAAAGAGCGAAGCGGCCGAAAUGACACUUGCGAGUAUUGCGGUAAAGUUUUCAAGAACUGCUCAAAUCUAACGGUACAUAGGCGGUCGCAUACCGGUGAGAAGCCGUACAAGUGCGAGCUCUGUUCAUACGCAUGCGCCCAGAGCUCGAAAUUGACCAGGCACAUGAAGACCCAUGGCCGACACGGCAAGGACACGUAUAAAUGUCGCUUCUGUGAAAUGCCAUUUUCGGUGCCGAGCACAUUGGAAAAACACAUGAGAAAAUGCGUAGUGGUGGUGCAACAGGGUCCCAAGUUGGAUAUUCCGUACCCAAUAAUCAAAGAUGAAGACUCUUCACUUAGUAGUAAGGAUACUUGAUCCUGGAAUGGAAGCCUACC